GGUCCGGACUGAAUCAAUUGACACUUGCGCACCUCAAUUCCCCAGCCCAUCAUCUCCAAUCCAUUCAAAAUGACUAUAAUCGCAACCCACUCCCGAACCCCCGAAAUCCCACCAGCAACACCCCCCAGCCGGCCCGUCCUCAUCGGCCGAACCGUAACACUCACCGCGCUCCACCCCUCGCACGCCCCAGAACUAUUUCCCCUGGUAAACAACGACACGCCCGACCAACAAGCGCUCUGGACGUACAUCCCCGACGGGCCGUACGAUGAGCUGCCGCACCUGGAAAGCGAUCUAAGGGCGAAGAGCGCGUCGAGCGAUCCGCUUUUCUUCGCGAUCCUCGACAAUCGCUCGGCCGGACAAAAACCUGUGGGAUAUGUCGCGCUGAUGAGUAUAUCCGUCGACCAUCGCCGGCUCGAGAUUGGACACGUCAUGUUCUCGAAGGCGGUGCAGAAGACGACGGGCGCGACGGAGACGAUCUUCCUUUUAAUGAAAUACGCCUUCGACACACUCGGCUUCCGUCGUGUUGAGUGGAAGUGCAAUAACCUCAACGAAGGCUCGAAGCGCGCGGCGCUGCGAUUGGGGUUCCAGUAUGAGGGGUUGUUCCGACAGCAUAUGGUCGUCAAGGGGAAGAACCGCGAUACGGCGUGGUUUUCAAUUGUGGAUGGGGAGUGGAAGGAGAGUGUGAAGGAGGUGCUGGAGACGUGGUUGGACGAGGGGAAUUUUGAUGGCGAUGGGAAGCAGAUUAAGGGAAUGGAGGAGAUUAGGGAACAGGUUAAGAUUAGGCUGGAGGAGGAGAAGGGGGAGUUGGAGGAGUUGAGGAGGAAGAUGGCGCUGUGAUGUGUAUUCAAUGGCUAGAAAUAGAUGGCAAUGGUCUUGAUAUCCUGCAUAGCUGUGCAUUUGCAUAAAUCGUGUAUAUCUCAACAAAGAGCAGAACACUUAGAGCAGAACACGCGAAAAAGCAUCAAAAAUUGCACUGGAUUACCUCACGAU